AUGUAUCCCCAAGCCCAAGAGCAACAGGAGCCCAACGUUUUCUCAAUGCGCCAACUUCCUGACACGCAAGUGGCCAUCUUCAUCGGCCGCGUUGGAAAGACGGAGCUCGCAAGAGAGUACGCAUACAAGUACAAACACGAGUUCGACGCUGUAUUUGGGGUCGGGGCCAAGCGAGCAGAAUCCCCCAGGAACGCCUCUACCACCAUUGCCUUGGAGCUGCACCCUGAGGGAGCAAAGGUUCAUGGCGACCCGAUUCACAACCUCGGGCUGGUUCAUCGUUGGUUCAGGGUGACAAACCGGAGGUGGCUACCACUCGAGGCAGCCUGGGCAACAGCAGAAAUCCAGGCAUCCACGGCCGCCAAUGGCUCUGUUGACCUCGCAGGGCACCCAUUUGCUGCAAAGCUCGGAACCCAGACCAGCGCCCAAACCAAAACCGCGUCAUCCCACACGCCGCCGUCUGCGGCUCCCGACGCGUUUGAAGCCUGUCCGGACGUGUUAUGGCCUGGAAGCAGCACGAGCGCAUGGGAGGAGGGCACGCCGACCCAUGGGGUUGCCUUUGGGGCCGACGCCGUGUCGUGUGUCGGCCAUGGUAGCAGCGCCAACCGUGUCCGGGACGCCAGACGGCAAACGGGUGCACAGUGGUGGUUUGUCCGCGGGGCCCUCUUCGACGCACAGCGACCUGAGUCAUCGUCGCCGCCUGUUGUUUCCUCGGUCCGUUGCUUCCCGCAAGCGCUCCGGGGCCCGGGGGUAAAUGCGUCUUUCGUCUGGGGCUCGUGA